AACAAAGGCCCAAAUCUGGCCCAUUUGAUAUUAACAUAAAUAAGAAAAAAAACUCAUCAUCGCCGUUCGAAGAUUAGGGUUUUUACUUCCAAGGUUAGCAGCAGCUUCUUCUUCAGGGAAACAUGGGGAAAACUCAUGGAAUGGGAGCGGGUCGCAAGCUGAAGUCCCACCGCAGAAGGCAAAGGUGGGCCGACAAGUCAUACAAGAAGUCUCAUCUCGGUAACGAAUGGAAGAAGCCGUUUGCUGGAUCAUCUCACGCUAAAGGCAUUGUCCUCGAGAAGAUUGGUAUUGAAGCCAAACAGCCUAACUCUGCUAUCAGAAAGUGUGCGAGAGUUCAGUUGAUCAAGAACGGAAAGAAGAUUGCAGCCUUUGUUCCCAACGAUGGUUGCCUGAACUACAUCGAAGAAAAUGAUGAAGUUUUGAUUGCGGGAUUUGGAAGGAAAGGGCAUGCCGUGGGAGAUAUUCCCGGAGUUAGAUUUAAGGUUGUGAAGGUAUCUGGUGUUUCGCUUUUGGCUCUUUUUAAGGAGAAGAAAGAGAAGCCAAGGUCUUAAGUAUUUUCGGGCUAGUAGUUUUGAUACUUAAUGAUCAUAUCUUCAAGACUUUAAAUGCUACUCUUUUCAGUUUGUUUCUAUUAAUUUUCAUUUUCGAUUUUGCUGCUUCA